AUGCUAGAGCCGACAUGGAAUGACACGGCCAAAAUAAUUGCAGAGGAGACGGUUAAUAAGGAAGAGAUCUUCGACCGGAACACCGGCAAAAUCAAUUGUCUCUCACAGGAGACAUGGGACGCCCUCAACGAAGUUUUACCUUUGCCGAAGUACUCUUCCCCCUUCAGGGAUUGGGGAUACGCAUGGGGUGAGUGGGCAGGGGAAGUGCCACGAGCCUCGGCGCAAAAUUCUAUACAAGAGACCAAUGAAAUCACCAAGUUUCUGGAAGAGAAAGGGGUGAAGUGGAAACCAAAAAAGUGGCCUCCGGUGCCCUUGAAUACCCAAAGUAGUGGGGUGGGCUUAUUGGAAUCUCUCUCUCUCGUUCUCACUGGAUCACUCCUUCAUCUUUCACUCCUCCAGAAUAUUCUCGGGGGUGAGAACCAUCGUCCCCUCUUUGAACUAAUCCAAGAAGGAGCAGAAAUCUUCAAGAGGGUCAUUGUCCUCAUGGGAAAAAAGUUAUCUAGGACCUUCUUCCCUAAAGGAGAAAGGGACGAAAAUCAGGACCUGCAUGCCAUCCUGCUAUUUGCUCUGUUCGAGUCUCAUGAAGACUCAGCCUCAGACUUGGAGUCAAAGACAGUGUCAGACUUAGGGAAUGAUGGCCCAGUGAACAUCUUCCCCGUAGUUCCUCAAUGCACGUGGUCGAUCUCCGAAGGUCGUGUCGCCAGAUUCGAAGCGUUUGAACCAUCGAGACACCGUGGGAUCAGCCGAUAA